AUGGCUACCAAACAGGACACGCCGUUCCGCUCGGCGGAGAUGAGCCUGGUCCAGCUCUACGUCUCCAACGAGAUUGGACGCGAGGUUGUCACUGCCCUCGGGGAGCUUGGUCUCUGCCAGUUCCGUGACCUCAACGAGAACGUCUCCGCUUUCCAGCGUACUUUUACCCAGGAGAUUCGACGACUCGACAAUGUCGAGAGGCAGCUGCGCUACUUUCACAGUCAGAUGGAAAAGACGGGAAUUCCCCUGAGGAAGCUCGAUCUAGACGUUGAGAGGCUCGCAGCCCCAUCUACAACGGAGAUUGUAGAGCUCGCCGAACGCAGCCAGAAGCUCGAGCAGCGCAUCUCUGCCCUUAAUGAUAGCUACGAGACUCUCAAGAAACGCGAGGGCGAUCUGACCGAGUGGCGCUGGGUGCUCCGCGAGGCCGGUAGCUUCUUCGACCGGGCGCAUGGCAACGUCGACGAGAUCAGGCAGUCGACCGACAAUGACGAUGCGCCGCUGCUGUCAGACGUGGAGCAGCACAACUCGGCGGCCGACGUGGACAGGUCCUUCUCGGGCAUGAACAUUGGCUUCGUGGCGGGCGUCAUCAACCGCGACCGCAUCGGGGCCUUCGAGCGCAUCCUGUGGCGCACGCUGCGCGGCAACCUGUACAUGAACCAGUCGGAGAUCCCCGAGCCGCUCGUCGACCCGACCAACAAUGAUGCCAUCGACAAGAACGUCUUCGUCAUCUUCGCGCACGGCAAGGAGAUCUUGGCCAAGAUCCGCCGCAUCUCGGAGUCGAUGGGCGCCGACGUGUACAGCGUCGACGAGAACAGCGACCUGCGCCGCGACCAGAUCCACGAGGUCAAUAGCCGCCUCGAGGACGUUCAGAACGUGCUCAAGAACACCCAGACGACGCUGCAGGGGGAGCUCAACCAGAUCUCGCAGUCGCUGUCGGCUUGGAUGGUGCUCAUCUCCAAGGAGAAGUCGGUCUACAACACGCUCAACAACUUCUCGUAUGACCGCGCGCGCCGUACCCUCAUCGCCGAGGGCUGGUGCCCGACCAACGAUCUGCCCCUGAUCCGCUCCACUCUGCAGGACGUGACCAACCGCGCCGGCCUGUCGGUGCCGUCCAUCAUCAACGAGAUCCGCACCAACAAGACGCCGCCCACGUACCUCAAGACCAACAAGUUCACCGAGGGCUUCCAGACCAUUGUCAACGCCUACGGCACCGCCACGUAUCAGGAGGUCAAUCCGGCCAUGCCCGUCAUCGUCACGUUCCCCUUCCUCUUCGCCGUCAUGUUUGGUGACUUUGGCCACGCCCUCAUCAUGCUGGCGGCCUCGCUGGCCAUGAUCUACUGGGAGCGGCCGCUCAAGAAGGUGACGUUCGAGCUAUUUGCCAUGAUCUUCUACGGCCGCUACAUCGCCCUCGUCAUGGCCGUCUUCUCCAUCUUCACCGGUCUCGUGUAUAACGACGUCUUCUCCAAGUCCAUGACCAUCUUCCCCAGCGCGUGGGAGUUCAAGAAGCCCGAGGGCUGGAAGGAGGGCCAGGCGUUGGUCGCCGUCCUCAACGAGGAGGGCUACCGCUACCCCUUCGGUCUCGACUACGCCUGGCACGGAACCGACAACGACCUCCUGUUCUCCAACAGCUACAAGAUGAAGAUGUCCAUCAUCCUAGGUUGGGCCCACAUGACGUACUCGCUGUGCUUCUCGUACAUCAACGCGCGCCACUUCCGCAAGCCCAUCGACAUCUGGGGCAACUUCGUCCCCGGCAUGAUCUUCUUCCAGUCCAUCUUCGGUUACCUGGUCAUCUGCAUCAUAUACAAGUGGACCAUCAACUGGGAGACGGCCGAGGGCCAGCCCCCCGGCCUGCUCAACAUGCUCAUCUACAUGUUCCUCCAGCCCGGCACCAUUGUCGAGGGCGAGCAGCUCUACCCGGGCCAGGCGGGCGUGCAGGUCUUCCUCCUGCUGCUGGCCUUCGCCCAGGUUCCCGUCCUGCUCCUCCUCAAGCCCCUGUACCUCCGGUGGGAGCACAACCGCGCCCGCGCCAAGGGUUACCGCGGCAUCGGCGAGGUGUCGCGUGUCAGCGCCCUGGACGGCGAGGACGACGGCGCCGGCGGCGAGAGCACCUCGUUCCUCAACGGCCACGGCAACAGCCUCGACGACGGCGAGGGCGUCGCCAUGAUCGCCCAGAACAUCGAGGAGGGCGAGCAUGAGGAGUUUGAGUUUUCCGAGAUCAUGAUCCACCAGGUCAUCCACACCAUCGAGUUCUGCCUCAACUGCGUCUCCCACUCGGCCUCUUACCUCCGUCUAUGGGCCCUGUCCCUCGCCCACCAGCAGCUCAGUGUCGUCCUAUGGAACAUGACUCUCGGACCCGCCCUGGCUACUGAGGGUAUCCUUGGUUCCAUCAUGGUUCUCGUCUGUUUUGCCUUUUGGCUCUUCCUCACCAUUGCUAUCCUCGUCUGCAUGGAAGGCACAAGCGCGAUGCUUCACUCGCUCCGUCUGGCCUGGGUCGAGUCAUUCUCCAAGUUUGCCGAGUUUGGCGGUUGGCCCUUCCAACCGUUUUCCUUCCAGAUUCUACUGGAAGAGGCGGAGGAUCUCAAGGAGUUCUUGGGAUAA